AUGUUGUUGCUGCGAAGAGUCUCUCCUCUGUUCUCUAUGAUCCUCGCCAAAAGAUCAACAAAGUUGCUUCCUUUCGAGUCAAGCUACUUCUGCUCGAAACUGGGAACUCGAUCAUAUGCGAGUGGAAGACGUGAAGACUACAACCUGUUUGGUAAUGUGAAACCAGGAAGUGAGGACGAAAGCAAUGCUAAUACAAAGCAAGAAAGUGGAAGAAACCGGCUUGAGAAAGAGGUUAAGAAAGCUAGGAAACAAGCUAAAGACAACUCUGAUCUGAUAGAUGCAGAUGACAGUGACGAAUUAUACAGUGUUUGGUCUGGAAGUGAUGAGGAGAAAUCCUUAUGGACUGGAGAUGAAGGUGAUGAUGACGAUGAUAUUCCAACAGAUCUACACCCAAACGAAGCAUCUGAUAAGUACUUAGACAAGUUGUUUGAGUUUGAAGAGAAACCAAAGUACAGGACAAUCUCUGAGCUGUUGAAAACUGAAAACGAACCUGAGGACCUUUCACCUGGUAAAGAGGCAAGGAAGCUUGCUGUUGAGAACGCGCUGAAGAAGCUGAACAAAGGGCCUGACGGGCGUUACACAAACGUGUGGGAAGUGAUGAGUGACGUCGACAUUCUUAUUGGAGCGUUUGAGAACAUUAUCUCAGGGCCUGAAUAUGAAGAACUGAGAAAAGGUGGACCUAAGAGACUGAACAUGCAGUUCUUUAAAGAUAUACAAACUCACAUGAGAGAUCCAAACUUUAAGUUCACACCUGAGAUAAAGUUGAAGCCUAAGAGUAAACUAGUGCCUAGGAAGAAAUGGCAGAAGGCACAGUCCAGAAGAAGGAAAGCUCAGAAACGGUAAAAGCUUGUGACUGUUUCAUCUUGAUGUCAAUCCUGUAAAUAAUCGGUACCGUGAUUAAGCAGCUUUCCUUUGGAGUGAUUCUGCUCCUUUUUAGUAUUCUUUCUUCUAAAGAAAGAAGCUUUGAAGGAAAAGCUAGAGAUGCUUUGGUCCUUAUUGGACAUUUUUUUUGUGGGGAGGGAAGAAUACAGCUUUAUGAGCUUUUGAUCUUCAAAAGUUUUUUCUUUUUCUUUUGGUUAAAAGAAGUUGGAACUUGUAAUGUUGACA